AUGAUGAGUUUCUUUAAAAUGGUUUUAUGUAUAGUUCAUAUGUACAUAGUUAAUAAUAAUAAUAAUAAUAAUAAUAAUAAUAAUAAUAAUAAUAAUAAUAAUGAAUAUGUUUACAAUAAUGAAGGUAACUUCUUAGUUUUAAAAAAAAUUAAAUUAUUUAACAAACAUCCUUAUGAUGAUCAUCUUCAUGUUGAUUUAUGA